CUUUCUGGAAUGGCCUCAGUCAAAAUGUUCUCAGAGCAGCAUCCAGCAGACAAUAUGCCUCAGAAGCAAUUAAAGGUGCCGUUAUUGGAAUUGAUUUGGGUACCACAAACUCCUGCGUGGCAGUUAUGGAAGGAAAACAAGCAAAAGUGCUGGAAAACUCUGAAGGUGCCAGGACGACCCCUUCGGUGGUUGCGUUCACGGCCGACGGUGAGCGCUUGGUUGGGAUGCCGGCAAAGCGGCAGGCGGUGACGAACCCCCACAACACCUUCUACGCCACCAAACGUCUCAUCGGGCGGCGCUUCGACGACUCUGAGGUCAAGAAGGAUAUUAAGAACGUUCCGUUUAAAAUUGUCCGCGCCUCCAACGGGGACGCCUGGGUGGAGGCUCAUGGGAAACUCUAUUCUCCAAGCCAGAUCGGUGCCUUUGUACUAAUGAAGAUGAAAGAAACUGCAGAAAAUUACCUGGGACAUUCAGCAAAGAACGCUGUGAUCACAGUCCCUGCUUACUUCAAUGAUUCUCAGAGACAGGCUACAAAAGAUGCUGGGCAGAUUGCUGGCUUGAAUGUUUUGAGGGUGAUUAAUGAACCGACAGCAGCUGCGCUUGCCUAUGGUCUGGAUAAGUCUGAAGACAAAGUUAUUGCGGUCUACGAUUUGGGUGGUGGCACUUUCGAUAUUUCCAUUUUGGAAAUCCAGAAGGGAGUCUUUGAGGUGAAAUCCACCAAUGGUGACACUUUCUUGGGCGGAGAAGAUUUCGACCAGGCUUUGCUACAGCACAUUGUUAAAGAGUUCAAGAGAGAGACUGGUGUUGACCUGAUGAAAGACAACAUGGCCCUUCAGAGGGUGAGAGAAGCAUCGGAGAAGGCAAAGUGUGAGCUUUCAUCAUCUGUGCAGACUGAUAUUAACUUGCCGUACCUUACUAUGGAUGCCUCUGGACCAAAGCACUUGAACAUGAAGCUGAGUCGUGCCCAGUUUGAGGGCAUUGUAGCUGAUCUGAUCAAAAGGACGGUAGCGCCGUGCCAGAAAGCCAUGCAGGAUGCUGAAGUCAGCAAGAGUGACAUCGGUGAAGUCAUCCUGGUCGGUGGCAUGACCAGAAUGCCAAAGGUAAAGAAUAACUUUCUGUUUUGUCUCCCUUUUCCUCCAGAAAAUUACCUGGGACAUUCAGCAAAGAACGCUGUGAUCACAGUCCCUGCUUACUUCAAUGAUUCUCAGAGACAGGCUACAAAAGAUGCUGGGCAGAUUGCUGGCUUGAAUGUUUUGAGGGUGAUUAAUGAACCGACAGCAGCUGCGCUUGCCUAUGGUCUGGAUAAGUCUGAAGACAAAGUUAUUGCGGUCUACGAUUUGGGUGGUGGCACUUUCGAUAUUUCCAUUUUGGAAAUCCAGAAGGGAGUCUUUGAGGUGAAGUCCACCAAUGGUGACACUUUCUUGGGCGGAGAAGAUUUCGACCAGGCUUUGCUACAGCACAUUGUUAAAGAGUUCAAGAGAGAGACUGGUGUUGACCUGAUGAAAGACAACAUGGCCCUUCAGAGGGUGAGAGAAGCAUCGGAGAAGGCAAAGUGUGAGCUUUCAUCAUCUGUGCAGACUGAUAUUAACUUGCCGUACCUUACUAUGGAUGCCUCUGGACCAAAGCACUUGAACAUGAAGCUGAGUCGUGCCCAGUUUGAGGGCAUUGUAGCUGAUCUGAUCAAAAGGACGGUAGCGCCGUGCCAGAAAGCCAUGCAGGAUGCUGAAGUCAGCAAGAGUGACAUCGGUGAAGUCAUCCUGGUCGGUGGCAUGACCAGAAUGCCAAAGGUGCAGCAGACUGUACAGGAUUUGUUUGGCCGUGCUCCUAGCAAAGCAGUUAAUCCUGACGAAGCCGUUGCCAUCGGAGCGGCUAUUCAGGGUGGUGUGUUGGCUGGAGAUGUUACUGAUGUGCUGCUGCUGGACGUAACUCCCCUCUCCUUGGGGAUUGAGACGCUGGGAGGUGUCUUCACAAAGCUCAUCAACAGGAAUACUACCAUACCCACUAAGAAGAGCCAGGUGUUUUCUACAGCUGCUGAUGGGCAGACUCAAGUGGAGAUUAAAGUGUGCCAGGGGGAGAGAGAGAUGGCUAGUGACAACAAGCUUCUUGGCCAAUUCACAUUGGUUGGGAUUCCUCCAGCGCCGCGGGGAGUGCCCCAGAUUGAGGUCACCUUUGACAUUGAUGCUAAUGGUAUCGUUCACGUCUCUGCCAAAGAUAAAGGCACCGGACGCGAACAGCAAAUCGUUAUCCAGUCUUCUGGUGGCCUUAGCAAAGAUGAAAUUGAGAACAUGGUGAAGAAUGCAGAGAAAUACGCAGAGGAAGACAGGCGAAGAAAGGAACGCGUGGAAGCUGUAAAUAUGGCUGAAGGCAUCAUCCAUGACACAGAGUCGAAGAUGGAGGAGUUCAAGGAUCAGCUGCCAGCAGAUGAGUGCAACAAACUGAAGGAAGAAAUUGCUAAAAUGAGGGAACUUCUGGCUCGUAAGGAUAGUGAAACGGGCGAAAACAUCAGGCAGGCAGCAACCAGCCUGCAGCAGGCUUCCCUGAAGCUCUUUGAAAUGGCAUACAAGAAGAUGGCCUCUGAGCGAGAGGGUUCUGGAAGCCCAGGGGAUCAGAAGGAGGAGAAGCAAUAAGAAGUCUCUGUCGUGCCAGGACUAGAGUUAUGAAGAAGAGGUCGAUUUCUUGACGCUUGGGAGAGAAGGGACCUUCCUGAGCAGCAAUGGGCAGAAUUCAGACUUACUGUGUUUUUGCAGUAUUCUAUAUAUAAAAAUUCUUUAAUGUAUAAACUUAGUGAUGUGUCUGCUAGAUAAAUUGUCACUUGAUGAAAGUUAAUUCAUGCCAGAUGAAGUUCUUCAAAGUGUUUGGCCCCGUGGUAUUCGACUGAGGCAACCUUGGGGACUCGCUGAUCGUUUCUUUCUGAUCCUUGACACGAUGGUGUACUAAAUCUGAUACCCGACUUGGAAAACCAUGUCACUAAAUGGAAGGGUGGAGAUGGAAGCCCUGCUGGAACUGGGGAGGAGAAUAACACCUGUAGGGACCUCCUUGUGGAUCCAAGCAGGUGAUGAGGCCCAGGAACUGUGCUGAGAAGGCUGGUUCCAUGGCUAGGGAGUGUUUUCAGAUCUGCAGCGAGGUUAGUACCCGCCUUCUCGAGGAGAGGGGCGACUUCAAAUUCAGCUGUAACAUGAUUUCUCACAGAAGAGGCUGCGUGGCAGUUAAAUACUUCGCUUGUCUGAGCCUUCUGCUCCAUCCUGUCUGUUCUCUGCUUAUGGUAAAACAAAUUCCUUGAUAAUAAAACUGUUACUGGAUCCAUUCUGGAUUUUUUUAAAAUAAAAGCAGAAAAGUGUCCAAGA